AUUGUGCUGUCAUUUACUACCUGGUGCCGCAGGCGGUCUCCUGACGAUGCUUUGUGCCUGUGGCCCCCAUCAUUCUCAUCGUGCUGAAGAGGAAACAUUUAUUCGUGAAUAUUUACCUAACUUAGAAGAAACAUUUAACUUAGCACUAUGGGGAUCCAAGGAUUACUGCAAUUUAUCAAAGAAGCUUCUGAACCUAUCCACGUGAGGAAGUAUAAGGGACAGGUAGUAGCCGUGGAUACAUAUUGCUGGCUUCACAAAGGUGCUGUUGCUUGUGCUGAAAAACUAGCCAAAGGUGAACCUACCGAUAAGUAUGUAGGAUUUUGUAUGAAAUUUGUAAAUAUGUUGCUGUCUCAUGGGAUCAAGCCUGUCCUGGUUUUUGAUGGAUGUACUUUACCUUCUAAAAAGGAAGUGGAGAAGUCUAGAAGAGAAAGAAGACAAGCCAAUCUUCUUAAGGGAAAGCAGCUUCUUCGUGAGGGGAAGGUCUCAGAAGCCAGAGAGUGUUUCACCCGUUCUAUCAAUAUCACACAUGCUAUGGCCCACAACGUAAUUAAAGCUGCUCGGUCUCAGGGAGUAGAUUGCCUCGUGGCCCCAUACGAAGCGGAUGCGCAGUUGGCCUAUCUCAACAAGGCUGGGAUUGUACAAGCUAUAAUUACAGAGGACUCCGAUCUCCUCGCUUUCGGCUGUAAAAAGGUGAUUUUAAAAAUGGACCAGUUUGGAAAUGGACUAGAAAUUGAUCAGUCUCGGCUAGGAAUGUGCAAACAGCUUGGGGAUGUGUUCACAGAAGAGAAAUUCCGUUAUAUGUGCAUUCUUUCAGGCUGUGACUAUCUCUCAUCCCUGCGUGGGAUUGGCUUAGCCAAGGCCUGCAAAGUACUAAGACUAGCCAACAAUCCAGAUAUUGUGAAGGUUAUCAAGAAAAUUGGACAUUAUCUCAAGAUGAAUAUAACAGUACCAGAAGAUUACAUCAAAGGGUUUAUUCGAGCCAACAAUACCUUCCUCUAUCAGCUAGUUUUUGAUCCCAUCAAAAGGAAACUUAUUCCUCUGAAUGCCUAUGAAGAUGACAUUGACCCUGAAACACUGAGCUAUGCUGGGCAGUAUGUUGAUGAUUCUACAGCUCUUCAAAUAGCGCUUGGAAAUAAAGAUAUAAAUACUUUUGAACAGAUUGAUGACUUCAAUCCAGACACUGCCAUGCCUGCCCAAUCAAGAAGUCGUAGUUGGAAUGACAAAGCAUGUCAAAAGUCAUCUAAUAUUAAUAGCAUUUGGCACAGAAAUUAUUGCCCUAGACUUGAGCUGGAUAUUGUUUCAGAUGCUACAAGACUGAAAGAAAAUCCAAGUACUGUAGGCAUUGAACAAGUGAUUAGUACUAAAGGGUUAAAUCUUCCGAGGAAGUCACCCAUUGUGAAAAGACCAAGAAGUGAAGAGCUGUCAGAAGAUGACCUAUUGGGUCAAUAUUCUACUUCAAAGAAGACCAAGAAAAAUAGUUGUGAAGUUAGUAAGUCAUUGAAGUCUUCCGACUUGUUUAUGCCUGACCUGGUAGACGGAACUACUAAUAAAAAAAGCUUAAGUACACCACCUACAACAAGAAACAAAUUUGCAACAUUUUUAAAGAGAAAAAAUGAAGAAAGUGGUGCUGUCAUGGUUCCAGGGACCAGAAGCAGGUUUUUUUGCAAUUCUCUGGAUUCUACUGACUGUGUGUCAAAGAAAGCAAGCAGCCAGCCUCUGGAUGAAACCGCUGUUGCAGAUAAAGAAACCAAUGGAAACGAAUCAGACUGUGUAGAUGGCACGGUGUCGGAUGACACCAGUGUAGCACGUAAUUCAAGUGAGCAGACUGCAGAUGAUGUGACCGUGAUUGCUGCGGACUCUCAGUCUUUGAAAACCAGCAGAUUCGCAAGGACCAUCUCACCACCCACUCUGGGGACACUAAGAAGUUGUUUUAGUUGGUCUGGAAGUCUUAGAGAUUUUUCAAGAACACCAAGCCCCUCUCCAAGCACAGCACUGCAGCAGUUCCGUAGAAAGAGCGAUUCUCCCGCCUCUCUGCCUGAGCGUAACGACAGGUGUGAUGUGUCUCAGCUGAAGAGUGAUGAGUCCGGUGAUGAAUCUUACCCCUUACAUGAAGUGGGCUGGUCUUCACAGUCUCAGGAAAGCAUGGAAUUAUCACCACACAAUUUAAGUGCAACUAAACUUUCUCAGCCUUCCAGUAAGGAUUCAGAUUCAGAGGAAUCUGAUUGCAAUCUUAAAUCACUUGAUAAUCAAGGUAAUCAAAAAUCCAAGCUACACUUAUUUCAUUUUUCGAAAGAAGACACGCCUCUAAGGAACAAGGUUCCUGGGCUGUAUAAAUCUAGUUCUGUGGACAACCUUUCUACAACCAAGAUCAAAUCCUCAGUACCUGCCAGAGUCAGUGGGCUGAGCAGGAAGCCAACAAGCAUCCAUAAGAGGAAUCAUUAUAAUGCCGAGAACAAGCCAGGAUUGCAGAUAAAAAUUAAUGAACUCUGGAAAAAUUUUGUAUUUAAAAAAGAUUCUGAAAAGCUUCCUUCUUGUAAGAAGCCAGAUCCUCUGUCUCCAGUGAAAGAUAACAUCCAACUAACUCCAGAAGCAGAAGAUGAUUUAUUUAACAAUUCCGAAUGUCUGCGUGUUCAGAGAGCAAUAUUUCCAUAAACACAGGCAGCUGGGAGGCUGUCACCUGCAAGAGAAUCUCUAUCAAUUGGAAAUCCUAUUUGGGAUGAGGCAAUUAUCAGUCUGAAAGAUUUGCUCUUAGAGCUAUGCCAUUUUUAAAAUAGGGUACAUUUUGUUUAUUAACUAUGUAACUGUUUUUGUUCAGCAGCUUUUUAUAUUUUUUGUAAGAAGCUAACUAGAUAAAUAAUUUUGGUUUUGAUAGUUUUUGGAAAUUUUACUGUUAGUUAGGUGAGUCCCUUGGAACUUAUAAAAAUCUACUCUAAAGAUUUCUGUAAUGUCAUCAAGUACAAGGAUGGUAAAUGAAAAACCACAAUUCUGUAAUCAUUUUAUCCUAGAGGAAAUUACUGAAUUUCUCAAAGCUUUAAUUUUUUCCACCUGUCUUUCCUAUCUUUUAUGGUUGAAUUGGAAAUAUAGUUGCUGGGAUUGGAGUGGUAGUCGGAAGGGAUAAAGAUCAUUGUGUAAGUGAGACAGUGUUCUGUUUUCCCUGAAGAGUUUGGUUGGGUUACAGAUUGACAGUAAAGGAAAAUUGCUUUCAGCGUCAUGUGAAAAGAAUGACUUCUUAUUAAUAUUCUUAAACCUCAAAAUAGCCUGUUUUUCUUAAAUGUCUUUUUGAAGUGUGGGCUAAAAAUUCCUUAACAUGUAUUCAAAACUAGUGUCCUGGGUGUGAUAUAAGACACUAAAGCUGCAGGGUCUGUGAUGUGUACAUACUCUGCAAAGAAACAGACAGCUUCUUGGAAAAAGAACCAGCUGUGCAAGUGAAGAUCUGAAGGAAAGAAGUGAAGUAAGUGAUGAUCUGACAGGAAAUAGAGGAAUUAUAAAACUAUCCAAGAUAUAGUGGAUAAAGGAAAGGGACCCAGGAUAUUUUCAUUUUUCAUUGAGACUCAGUAGAGGACUCUUGGAUAAAGCUGUCAGGGUGGAACAAAAAACAUAACAUUGCAAGAAACAGCAGCAUAAAAAUUUAAAAGGGAGACAAAUUUAUUUUUUAAAAAACCUGGAAAAGACCAAAUCCAAAGGAUAAAAGAAAAUUUGAAUUUUCUGUGAAUGUUUUCUAUUGUAGAACAAAUUGAGUAUGGGAAGAUGGCAACAGUGCCAUAGGUUUUUAAUCUCCAAACUCCCAACACUGGAUGGCAAAAUCAAAAUACUAAUGAACAGCAUUUCAACAAAUUGAGAUGACAUUUUAUCUUAAAUCCCAAAAUACAUGUGGAUGAAGACAAGCCACCAAAAGCCACAAGACUGCAGGGUGAUACUGCCAUCUGUUUGAGAGAAGCAGAGGGUGACAAUAGGGCAUCUAAUGCACCUGAGAACAGAGCUUAUAUAGAAUAACUGUUGAAAAACACAGCAAGCCAAGUUACAAACAGCAUUUGAAACUGGGAGAGGCUUUGAGCAUUCCAUGGUAAGUGAGUGCAAGACGUCUACAGUAAUGUUUGAAGGACUGAAGCAAUGUAGUCCAUGUGCACUUUUGAAAUGAUUUGUAGAGGGGACAGGGUUCCCCACAGAAGAGAAAGUGCUGGGAGUGAAACCAAAACUGAGCAAUAGAGCGACAAUAGACACAGAGGAAGAAAAGGUUACAUACAAGUGGAUGGAAAACUAGUUGACCAAGAAAUCUCAGAAGAAUACUGUUUUUGAACACUGAAAAUAAACAAACAAAUAACUGAGGUUUCUGAAGUUCCUGUGAACCAUGCCUCCUUCUCAAAGUUUAAGAAAAUUUUACAUGAAACCACAGAAAAGUUUCUAGAUCAAUCUCUUAAAAAAUUAAUUUUAAAAGGAAUCAAGAGUAGAAUAACAUCUUUUCAAAUAAUGAAAAUCUACGAGAAAGGCCCACAGAGCAUAUCAAAACCAGUCUAUUUUAAAAUGUGCUUAAAGUUAUUAAGAAAAUGAUACAGGAUAUGAAGGAAAUUAAGAAUUGGAAAAACUCAGAAAAAAGUAAACUCAGGAAAGCAUUAGAAAUCAACAUUUCAGAUUUUAAGGCUAAACUAUAAGAAACACAAGUGAAUAAACAUACAGAUAGAUAAUGCCUUAAAAGAAAUAGGUAAAAAUCAAAACAAAAUGGGAAAAAAGACUAAAAGAUUAGGAAGUGACAAAUAUUGAGGAUGGGGCAGAAGGUUCAAUAUAAAAAUAAUAGGAGUCUCCAAAGCGGGGGGAACCUAUAAUUUCAGAAAAUAAUUUGAAAAGAUUUUGAGACAAUGUUUUUUAAAUGCACCCUUAUACAUAAGAGGUUAUUGAUCUAAAACAGCCAACACCAAGAUAUAAGUGAUGAAAGGAGAAAUUCUUUUGGGUAAGCAAGAACAGCAAGUAACAUGUAAGAAAAAAAAGGUGGUCAUCAGACUUUUCCGCAAGUAUUCUUUAUGCCUGAGGAAAAUGGAGUCACAUUUUUAAGAUAAUCAUGGGAAAAUGUAAGCAAAGGAUUUUACAUUCAACAAAGUUGACUUUCAAGUACAAAGAGCACGAACUUACUUACUGAACAAGAAUUCAGGAAAUAUUUCUCCCUCAAGCUCUUCCUCAGGAAUCAGAAAAUAACCAAAAUAACCAGAGAAAUAGCACCAUAAAGAUUGAUGAUGACCAUCAAACAUAGUGACUUGUCCAAUUAAAAGUGAGAGCUAAAAGGGAGAGUAUGAUAUGCAAUGGCUGUACGUCCAUAUGACAGGUAGUACAACUGAAGGGGAGAGACCAUACCCAACCGUUGUUUAAACUGCCGUUAGUCUGAUACUGUUUUAGGACUUUUGUGUAUAUACUGUGGGAUAGAAUAAAUGAAUAUUUAUAGGCUAUUUUAAUUCAGCCCCAAUUAUCUUGAGAACCAGAAUUCUUCCCACCCCCACAUGCCUCAAGAUUCUUAAUGUCAGAAAAAGGAGAUGAAGAUAAAAUACAAAACAAAUUACUUUAAAAAAAAGUGUAGUUGUGAACUUGAAUUGGGAGUACUGAUAGAAACUGAUGAAUGUAUAUACACACAUACUAUAUAUACACAUAUGUGACAUGUAUAUAUUUCACACACACACUGAAGAGACCAAGAAAAACUUAACCAGUCCAGUACCAAUGAGCAUCCUUAUUGUAGUCAUCCCAGCUUGUAGUCAAAAUGCCAUUUUUCAUUGAAAGAAAUUAGAGCUGCUUGAAAGUAUCAAAGGCAAGCCUGGGGUAUCUUGUUAAAACAGGCUAUUACUACUCGGUAAUUUCAGAAUGACAGGAGACAGCGGAAAAUGUUCUCACCGUCUAAACAUGGGGGAAAAUUUGAUCUUGAAAAGACAAGAAUUACGAUUUAUUGGAACCCAUCAUAAACAUUUUUAAAAACUAGUCACCUUCAGAGGAUAACAGAGUAUCAAUUCAUUAUCUUGAAUAUGGGGAAAUACAGGAGAAAAAUCAGGCAUUUUCCUCUGUACUAUACAACUGAUUAACCAAACAGAAGACGGUAAGUCUCCUUUUAGUGUUCUAAUAAUGAAAAAGAGAGAAUAUCGCCAUUUUAACCUAGUGGAUUAAUGGAUUUAGGCGUUGAGCAUCAGCUACUAUUAACAUAAUCAGACAUUUUAUGCCUCUUAAUGGAAAAACUGGACAUCCUCUGUAGUCUUGCCAAAGAAUAGGAGAUGAGUCUGAUCACUCUUCUGGAUCCAGCUACCGAAUUGCAGGAAAUACAGAGGACAGAGGAAUUUGUGGAACUAGGGCAUGAGUGUGCAGUUAGCAAAAUCCAGACUGCAAGGAACUACAGAUUAAACGCCCUGGGAUUUUCAACAGAUAAAUUGCAAGGAAAAGGAUGGAGGGGAGAAUUCCAUGUUUUUAAAAAAAGCACAAAACUAAACUAGAUUAUUUAGGGAUGCAUACUCUGGUGAUUAAAGAACAGAGAAAUACAAGGAAGCUGUAACUAUAAAAUUCAGGGUGGUGGCUAUGGAGCGGGGUUUCAGGGGGUGGUUGGACAUUGAUAUUAGGACAAAGCAUAUGGAAGGGAUUCUGGGAAUGACUGGCAGUUUUAUUCACUAGGUAGGAUAUUUUAUGACAGUGUCUUAUAGUAGGUUUGUCUUAUAAUAAUAUAACUUAUUAAGCUGUCCAUAUCAUAAAUUAAGGUGUUGGCCUUGUAAUUUAUUAAGCCAUUUAGUUGUGUGGUGGUCCAUAUUUUCUGUUUUACAACAAUUUUCAUAGUACUAGUAUUUCAUCAAAUUGAAGAUGUAAUUGGUUGUAAGAUGCAUCAUCCUUUUAUGUACCAUUGAAAGAAAAAAAUCCAUUAUAUUGACACUCUAUCAAGGUACACACUAUUCUCAAAAAUGUUGAAAUGUGUACCUUAGAAUAAAGGAACUGCAGCAA